UAUUCCUUCAUGCCUUAGCUUAAGCAGAUUUUGAUAAUUUAAAACCUGCAAUCUUCGGAGUUAUGCCCAUUUUCAAGAAGGAAAAGAAAAUGGAAGUUUACGAGAACUUGGAGAAGAUUGAGAAGAUUGGAGAAGGAACUUAUGGUAAGGUAUACAAAGUGAAGGACAUUAACACAGGUCAGAUUUUCGCACUUAAGAAGCUCAAGCUCGAGAAUAAUGAUGAGGGAGUUUGUGUCAGUACACUAAGGGAGAUAUCACUCCUAAGGGCACUUUCUAAUAGCUCUUACAUUGUAAGGCUAUUGGACGUGAAACAAAUAAGGAACAAAGUGGGUAAGCUCCUUCUGUAUUUGGUUUUUCAACACAUGGACUCUGAUCUCAAACAGUACAUUACUAGUUACUGCCGUAGGCUAACAAAAUUGCCUCCCCAGAUUAUCAAGAGCUUCCUGUACCAGAUAUGCAAGGGUGUUUCUUACUGCCACAGUAGGGGUGUAAUGCAUAGGGAUUUGAAGCCCAGCAAUCUACUGGUGGAUCAAGAAAGGGGUUUGAUCAAAAUUGCAGAUCUCGGACUGGGAAGAACAUUCAUUAUUCCUAUCAAGAAAUAUACCCAUCAAAUUAUGACCCUUUGGUACAGGGCUCCUGAGGUGCUGUUGGGAGACACCCUUUACUCCACAGCUGUAGACAUGUGGUCUGUUGGUUGCAUAUUUGCUGAAAUGUCCCUAAUGAAGCCUCUGUUUAAGGGAGAUUCAGAAAUAAACCAGCUUCAUAGCAUUUUUAGGUGUCUAGGAACACCUAAUGAAAGCAUAUGGCCAGGAGUCACCAAACUGAGAGAUUGGCAUAUCUAUCCUCAAUGGAAAAAUAACGACUUAAGGAUUCUUGUUCCAGACUUAGAUCCAAGUGGUUUGGACUUGUUGUGUAAAAUGCUUACUUAUGAGCCAUCCAAGAGAAUCUCAGCCAAGAAGGCAGUAGAACAUCCUUAUUUUGCUGAUCUUGAUAAAUCUCAAUUCGAAAAUGUCAUUUAAAAAGACUGAAGUUAUUGGGUAGCGUACUCAAUUACUACAUAUGUUGUUUCAAGACUAGCGUUUAUGUUAAGGUGAUGUGCAAGUGCCAUA